GCUCCCACCCUCUACUGAGUCCCGGGACCCCGGGAGAGCAGGCAGUGCAUGGUUGUGUUUCCUCUGCCCGCGAGGGGCAUCACUUGCGCGCUACAGAAAGCCCAGAGCUGUCCCGCAGCCGGGAUAUCCUCUCUCUCUCACCAGCACCGGCAGACGCCCCUGCGGCCGCGGCGGGAGCCAGGACACCCUCGCCCCGAGCGCUCCGGAGUCCUGCCCCGAGGCAAGCGUUCCACCUCCACGCCUUCUUCGUGGGGCUGGCCAGGGGAGAAAGAACCGGCGCCCGAGUUCUGGGCACUGCGCCUGGCGCGAGGUGAGGGAUGGAGGGCAAGGCGCUGCUGGCCAUCGCUCUGUGGCUCUGCGUGGAGACCGGGGCUGCCACUGAGGGUUUGCCUAGUGUUUCUCUUGAUCCACCCAGUCUCAGCAUUCAAAAAGACUUCCUUACGAUUAUGGCUAAUACAACUCUUCAAAUUACUUGCAGAGGACAGAGGGACUUGGACUGGCUCUGGCCCAACAAUCACAGUGGUUCUGAGGAAGGAGUGGAGGUGACCGAGUGCAGUGAUGACAACUUCUUCUGUAAGACACUCACAAUUCCGAAAGUGAUCGGAAAUGAUACUGGACCCUACAAGUGCUUCUACAGGAAUACAGACACGGCCUCCGUUGUUUAUGUCUAUGUUCAAGAUUACAGAUCUCCAUUUAUUGCUUCUGUUAGUGACCAACAUGGAGUUGUGUACAUCACGGAGAACAAAAACAAAACUGUGGUGAUUCCAUGUCUUGGGUCCAUUUCAAACCUCAACGUGUCACUUUGUGCAAGAUAUCCAGAAAAGAGAUUUGUUCCUGAUGGUAACAGAAUUUUCUGGGACAGCAAGAAAGGUUUCACUAUUCCCAGCUACAUGAUCAGCUAUGCCGGCAUGGUCUUCUGUGAAGCAAAAAUCAAUGAUGAAAGUUAUCAGUCUAUUAUGUACAUAGUUGCGGUUGUAGGGUACAAAAUUUAUGAUGUGGUUCUGAGCCCCCCUCACAGAGUCGAGCUGUCUGCUGGAGAGAAGCUUGUUUUAAAUUGUACAGCAAGGACUGAACUAAAUGUGGGAAUUGACUUCACCUGGGAAUACCCUUCUUUGAAGCAUCAGCAUCAGCAUCAGCAUCAGAAACUUGUAAACCGGGACCUAAAAGCCCAGUCUGGGACAGGGAUGAAGAAAUUUUUGAGCACCUUCACUAUAGAUAAUGUAACCCGGAGUGACCAAGGAUGGUACAUCUGUGCGGCUUCCAGUGGGCCGAUGACCACGAAAAACAAAACAUUCGUCACAGUCCACGGAAAACCUUUCGUUUCUUUUAAUAGAGGCAUGGAAUCUUUCGUGGAAGCCACGGUGGGAGGCCGUGUUACAGUCCCUGUGAAGUUCCAUGGUUACCCUUCCCCGGAAAUAAAAUGGUAUAAAAAUGGAAGACCCAUUGAGUCUAAUCACACCAUUAAAGUGGGGCAUGAACUGACUAUUAUGGAAGUGAGUGAAAAAGAUACAGGAAAUUAUACUGUCAUCCUUACCAAUCCCAUUUCAAAGGAGAGACAGAGUCACGUGGUAUCUCUGGUUGUGAAUGUCCCACCCCAGAUUGGUGAGAAAUCGCUGAUCUCUUCCAUGGACUCUUACAAGUACGGCACCACCCAAACGCUGACUUGCACAGUCUACGCUGUCCCGCCCCCGAAUAUCAACUGGUAUUGGCAGCUGGAGGAGGAGUGCACCUACAACCCUACUCAAGGUGUAUUAAUGACAAACCCAUAUACUUGUAAAGAGUGGAUAAAGGUGAAGGACUUCGAAGGAGUAAAUAAAAUUGAAGUAAACAAAAAUCAAUUUGCCCUAAUUGAAGGAAAAAACAAAACUGUAAGUACCGUUGUUAUCCAAGCAGCAAAUGUGUCAGCUUUGUACAAAUGUGAAGCGGUCAACAAAGCUGGGAGAGGAGAGAGGGUUAUCUCCUUUCACGUGACCAGGGGUCCUGAUAUCACUCUGCAUCCUGGCCCCCAGCCAACCGAGCAGGAGAGCGUGUCUUUGUUGUGCAGUGCAGACAGAGCUACAUUUGAGAACCUCACAUGGUACAAACUUGGUCCACAGGCUGUGCCCACACCUGGUUGCAAGCACUUGGAUGCUCUUUCGAAAAUGAAUGCUACCAUGUUCUCUAAUAGCACAAAUGUCAUUCUGAUCAUGGAGCUCCAGAAUGCAUCCUUGCAGGAUCAAGGAGACUACGCCUGCUUUGCUCAGGACAGGAAGACCAAGAAAAGACAUUGCGUGGUCAGGCAGCUCACAGUCCUAGAACGUAUGGCACCAAUAAUGACAGGAAAUCUGGAGAAUCAGACGACAAGUAUUGGUGAAACCAUCGAAGUUUCAUGCACAGCAUCUGGGAAUCCCCCUCCACGGAUUUCAUGGUUUAAAGAUAACGAGACACUUGUGGAAGACUCAGGCAUCAUACUGAAAGAUGGGAACCGGAACCUAACUAUCCGCAGGGUGAGGAAAGAGGAUGAAGGUCUCUACACCUGCCAGGCAUGCAAUGUUCUUGGGUGUGCAAAAGUGGAGGCAUUUUUCAUAAUAGAAGGUGCCCAGGAAAAGACAAACUUGGAAGUCAUUAUCCUGGUCGGCACUGCUGUGAUUGCCAUGUUCUUCUGGCUACUUCUUGUCAUCGUUCUACGGACUGUUAAGCGGGCCAAUGGAGGGGAGCUGAAGACAGGCUACUUGUCCAUUGUCAUGGACCCAGAUGAACUCCCCUUGGAUGAACACUGUGAACGCCUGCCUUACGAUGCCAGCAAAUGGGAAUUCCCCAGAGACCGGCUGAAACUAGGUAAGCCUCUUGGCCGUGGUGCCUUUGGCCAAGUGAUUGAAGCAGAUGCCUUUGGAAUCGACAAGACAGCAACCUGCAAGACAGUGGCCGUCAAAAUGUUGAAAGAAGGAGCAACACACAGUGAACACCGAGCCCUCAUGUCCGAACUCAAGAUCCUCAUCCAUAUUGGCCACCAUCUCAAUGUGGUCAACCUUCUAGGUGCCUGUACCAAGCCAGGGGGUCCACUUAUGGUGAUCGUGGAAUUCUGCAAGUUUGGAAACCUAUCAACUUACUUAAGGAGCAAGAGAAAUGAAUUUGUCCCCUACAAGACCAAAGGGGCACGAUUCCGUCAGGGGAAAGAAUACGUUGGGGAAAUCGCCAUGGAUCCUAAACGCCGCUUGGACAGUAUCACCAGUAGCCAGAGCUCAGCCAGUUCUGGAUUUGUUGAGGAGAAAUCCCUCAGUGAUGUCGAGGAGGAGGAAGUUUCUGAAGAUCUCUACAAGAACUUCCUGACCUUGGAGCAUCUCAUCUGUUACAGCUUCCAAGUGGCUAAGGGCAUGGAGUUUUUGGCAUCACGGAAGUGUAUCCACAGGGACCUGGCAGCACGAAAUAUCCUUUUGUCGGAGAAGAACGUGGUUAAAAUCUGUGACUUUGGCUUGGCCCGGGAUAUUUAUAAAGACCCAGAUUAUGUGAGAAAAGGAGAUGCACGCCUCCCUUUGAAAUGGAUGGCCCCAGAAACAAUUUUUGACAGAGUGUACACAAUUCAGAGCGAUGUGUGGUCCUUUGGUGUCUUGCUCUGGGAAAUAUUUUCUUUAGGUGCUUCUCCAUAUCCUGGAGUAAAGAUUGAUGAGGAGUUUUGUAGGCGAUUGAAAGAAGGAACUAGAAUGAGAGCCCCUGAUUAUACCACACCAGAAAUGUACCAGACCAUGCUUGACUGCUGGCAUGGGGAGCCCAAUCAGAGACCCACGUUUUCAGAGUUGGUGGAACAUUUGGGAAAUCUGUUACAAGCUAAUGCUCAGCAGGAUGGAAAAGACUACAUUGUUCUUCCGAUAUCAGAGACUUUGAGCAUGGAAGAGGAUUCUGGACUCUCUCUGCCUACCUCACCUGUUUCCUGUAUAGAGGAAGAGGAAGUGUGUGACCCCAAAUUCCAUUAUGACAACACAGCAGGAAUCAGUCAGUAUCUGCAGAACAGUAAGCGAAAAAGCCGGCCUGUGAGUGUAAAAACAUUUGAAGAUAUCCCAAUGCAAGAACCAGAAGUAAAAGUAAUCCCAGAUGACAACCAGACCGACAGCGGUAUGGUCCUUGCGUCAGAAGAGCUGAAAACCUUGGAAGACAGAACCAAAUUAGCUCCAUCUUUUAGUGGACUGAUGCCCAGCAAAAGCAAGGAGUCCGUGGCAUCUGAAGGCUCAAACCAGACCAGUGGCUACCAGUCCGGGUAUCACUCCGAUGACACGGACACCACUGUGUACUCCAGUGAGGAGGCAGAACUUUUAAAGCUGAUGGAAACUGGCCCACAAGCUGGCAGUGCAGCCCAGGUUCUCCAGCCUGACUCUGGGACCACACUGAGCUCUUCUCCUGUUUAAAAGGAGGCACCCACAUCCCCCAUUCCUGGAAAUCAUGUGAGAGGUGCUGCUCAGAUUUUCAAGUGUUGUUCUUUCCACCACCAGGAAGUAGCCACAUUUGAUUUUCAUUUCAAAAAAAAAAAACAAAAACGAACCUCGGACUGCAGGGAGCUAGUCCCCUAGGCAUUUCCUGACAAGAUGCUUGUGACCCAAGAAUGUGUUUUUGUCUUCUCCCAGUGUUUUCAUUCAUGCGAAAAAAACAUGUAUGAUACCCCCUCCUGUGGGUCUCCCCACAAGUUUUAACAAAAGAAGUUCAAGAGGUGGCUUCGUCCUCCGAGAAGUAGCAUUACCUGGGAGUCGACACCUCUGUAAAACUGGAAGACAAACCAGGCGAUGGAAGUGCUUUAGGUGUUGAAGUUGGGAAAGACCUUUAGGGCUGAGUCCAUCUAAGAAGCUUUGUUUAGGAUGUGGGUCCUGAGCCAAGUCUUAUGUGUGAGGUUUGGACUGACAGAAAGGAAGAUGUUGGCUCGCUUUGAGAGCAGACUGGAGCCUGCAAAUGCGUUGUGUUGGCUCCGGUGGAGGUGGGCAUGGGGUCUGCGACGACAUAUAAAGGCUUCAGACGAGGUUACUGGUUUUAGAAGGUUGCGUGCUCUUCCCAGUUGGGCUAAAGGAGAGUUCCUUGUGCUGUUUCCGACUCCUAAUGAGAGUUCCUUCCGGACUCUUACGUGUCUCCUGGCCAAGCCCCAGGAAGGAAAUGAUGCAGUUCUGGCUUCUGGUCUCCCAGGCUGAUCCUUUAUUCAGACACUACAAAGAACGGACAUUCAGACAGAGGCUCCCUGUCGUGUUGAAGAGUUCUGACUGUAUACACCAGCUUCUGGUUUCUUCUGGAUGAAUACCCACAUAUCUGUCACGAUGCGAUAUGUCUGAGCCUGAACGCAGCAGGUUCAGUGUCAAGCUGUGGUGUCGAGUCUUCAGGAAGGAUUUUAGUAUUUUGUUCCUUCUCCCCUCCCCAUGCCUUCUCCUUCCCAUUCACUCCCAACUAGUCAGUAUUUUAGUAAUUUGGCCUCUACGCCCUAGCGAAAGCUGAUUUGGUUUGUUCACUCUCUGAAUAAUUAUUAGUCAGACUUCGAAAUUAUUUUAUAGCCAAAGUUAUAACAACAUGUAUUGUAUUAUGUAGACUUUUAACAUGUAAAGCUAUUUCUACUGGUUUCUGCCCUUGUUCUUUCCUUUCUAAAAAAAAACAAAAUGUAUUUUUCGUUUGGUACCAUAGUGUGAGAUGCUGAGAACCAUGACUAUAAAACAUGCUAUGGCACAUAUUUAUAGUCUGUUUAUGUAGAAACAAAUGUAAUAUAUUAAAAUCUUAUAUUAUAUAUAAUGAACUUCAUAUUAUUCACAUUUUGGAUCAGUAUUAUGUAGCAUAACAAAGGUCAUAAUGCUUUCAGCAAUUGAUACCAUUUUAUUAAAAAAAACUUGAAAAACUUGAAGGAAUCCCCUUGCAAAGUUGCAUUACUGUACCUAUCAUUUCUAAAAUGGACAAGGAGGAAUCCAACAUAAUUUCCAUGUGGUUGUUUCUAAUUUUUACUUGUUCCCUUGCUCUUCUUAUAAAGGAUCUUUUCAUAAAAUGUUUAUAUACUUGAUAAACCAAUAAAUGUAUUCUUAGUAAAAAAAUACAAUGGUAUAAUACUAACAUAGCUAUUUUGAGGGUAAAUACUUCUGGCUUGAGGUAUAAUUGCUUCUCUCCCUCCCCUUCUUCAUGACACAGAUAAUUCACACACACGCACUCGCAUUACACUCCAAGCACUUUUGAGAUUCUUUUUGUUUUUUUUAAUUAAAGUUUAUUGGGGUGACAAUGGUUAGUCAAGUUACAUAGAUUUCACAUGUACAAUUCUGUACUACAUCAUGGACUGAGAGAUACCCGAUAAGUAUUCUAACAGUAUUUGUGACCCUCCAGUGAACCCCGUGCCUGUUAGAAUAGCCAGCCGUAAAAAUCAGAGGGUGAGAGACCCUGAGACAGUUGGCCAGACUUGGGCAGUGCAGGGAAGCAUGGGGCAUACUGACAGUUUUCCAUAUAAUGUUUUGCUAUAUACUUACAGUGUCAGAACAUCAGAUCUAAGGAUGCCAUUUUCAAUGAUUCCUUUUGCCUGACUUCAGCGAGUGGCAUUAUCUAACAAGUCAUUGGCACAAAUGAGUGGCACUGCUCUUAGUGGUAGUUUUUUAUAUAAGAUUUUGAAAUGUUUAUGUAAUCAAAUAGCCUAUCCUUUUUUUAAUGGCUUCUAGGUUUUUAAAUCUUACCGAGGAAGAUCUUCCCAGUUCUAAAAUAAUCCAAAAUUCUAAAUUUUAUUCUUUUCUAUCUUAUUACAUUUAAAUCCAUUUGGGAUUUAUUUUUGUAUAUGGAGUGAGGUCGGGGUCUCGCUUUGUUUCCUUCAAGCAGCUGCCGAUCGUGGCCUCACCGCUUAUUACAUAUACCUCUGUUUCUCAUGUUUGGGAAAAUAUAUAUUCUAUCAUUUUUCAAGUGCUAUCAUCUCGCUGAGACCUUCUGUACAAUUUUAUGGUGGAGAAGAGGGUGGCUCUGGGCGUGUGUGGUUCCUGGUGAUAGCAUUUACAGAUUAGGCCUUUGGCGGGAUUCAUGCAUUAGGGUUUUCUGACGGAUGCUGUUCAACUACAGGUCAGGCCUGGCCCCUUUCCUGUUAUUACACUCUUGUCUGGUAAAUAAAUGCAAGGAGAGCCUAGGUUAUUCAAGAUGGAGAAGACCUCAGGGAAAAUUUUCUCAUAAUUUUCUUCGUUUUAGGAAAAAGAUUAUGUUUCUGGUAAGCAGCCCCUGGCACUGUUUCCAAUGCCAGGAAUUUGGAUUCAGUUGAAACUUCACACUUUAUAGAGAAAUGCUUUCAGCACCUCAGGCAGAGUGAUUAGGAGGUGAGGUUCGGCCCUCCCCUCCCGCCUCUUCUGUUUUCCACGCCCCUUGUUCUUAGCCCCUUUUCUCUCCUCAUUUGCCCCUGUAUUGAAGAGAACUCAGGGGCUUUUUAAAAUGUUGCCUGCAUGGUCUGAUUUUCAAAGCUUUCAUUGGAGGCAUUUGUUGUGCUGUAGGUGAGGUCAUGCUGUCUCCCCUUGCCUCCUGCCCUCCCUCCUUCUCUCCUUUUACUUAGUUUGUUUAUUCCCUCAUCUCAAACUCCUCUGUCCCUUCACCUUCUGUUUCUUUCUCCUGUCCUAUUCCUCUGCACAUACAGCCCUGCCCCCCCCCGCCCCCCGCCCCAUCCAACCAGGCUUUCUCUUCAGUCAUGUCCACAGGAAAGAUGAGUUGUAGGAGCUUUAUGUUCAUUACCCCGGACUAGGUUUUCCUAUUACCACACAUUCCUUUGUCCUCUUCAAUGAAAGGAAAGAAGAACAGUGAAAAUCUCAAACCCCACAACUUUGUAGUUAGCCCAGUUUUCCUGUCUCUCCUGGCAUGUCUUUCUACCUCUCACUCAGCUAUUUAUCACCAAGAUGAUAAAAUGUAGGCAACCCCCCCCCAAAAAAAAACCCCGAAAGCCUUUGAGAGAGUUCACUUUUCAUACACAUCUUUCCACAUUUGCACGCCCUUUUCCCUAGUGGCAGCAGUCAUGCCAUGUCCACGCUUUCCUGGGAAGGCAGGGAGCACAGCUCAAAGGAGGUACUAAUCAUUUUUAUAAAAUUGCAAUUUCUAAAUGAAUCUGUUCCAUGUAAGGGCUUAGACCUAAGUGAACAUCUGGGCAGUCUUUAUGAAAGCAAUUUUAAGUCCAAUGUUUUGGGGGAAAAGUUACCGAAUACACUUAGGUGAUAAAGAAAUUAAAAAGUUAAAGUCAUUUUCUCUGGUUUUGAAUGGAGACAAAUAGAGAAAUCUGGGAGGAGCAACCUGCAGAGAAAUUUAACAGCAAAGUUGACCUGAAGCUCAGGAGCUAAAGUCAUAGAACAUACCAGCCCCAGCAGAGGUCUGACUCAGAGAUAAGGACUCUGAGUUAAGAAAAACAUAUUCUGAGGAAGACUACUGAUAAGACAAGUGUUACAGUAAACUGUGAUUGAUAUUGAGUAGAUGUUAGUGACAAGACCUCUAAUUGUACCUUAGAUUUUAUGUUCUUUACAACACAUGACCUUUACACAACUUCUUGACACCUGUAAAACAACAUAAAAUUCAGUAACUUCACAAUUUUUUUUGUUUAAAAAUAAAAGAAUGGAAAUA